GGCUACUAGCAAAGACAAACGGUUGUGGAAGCAAGUGACUAAGUCUCUUUUUUGCGCAGGAAUCCUCGAAACUCGAGUAAACCUUCGUCCGGUUCCCCAAUGCAUGACUUCCAGCAAUUCAACUCGGCCGCGAUGGUGGGACUGGCCCAAGCGUCUGCAGGCGACAACUUUGACAUCUUCCAAUGGCACCCUCGAUACCAAAGCUGCCAGCGAUACUUUCUUGAUCAUGCGCAACACAGUGAUGCAGUCCAAGCACUCUCUGCGUUCUUGAACAUCCGUCUCCCCUUCCAAUGGCAGUCGAAUCCUGUCGUAAACUCUCAUGCCGACCCAUCCCGAUCCGCCGCUAGCCAGUCAUCUACAUCCUCACCUGCCUCGAAUCUACCUCCAUCUGUCUCAUUGAUUCCAUACAUCCGCCGCCUGGUGGCCACGGGAAUGGAUUUCCCUGGCGUGUUGCAUGGGUUUUUCGGGGACGAAUGGGGCGCGGGCAUUGGACCUCUGCACGAGCAGGAGCGGCGCAAUUACCUGUUCGCCGCGAAGAGUGGUGGCUGGGCGGCCGUUAAAAAGGAUUACGACAUGCCACCGCUGGAGACAAUUCCGUUCCUACGUCCCUUACAGGGGCCGCUAGAUUCCGAGAUUGAGGCAGCGGAGCGGAGUUGGAGCGAAUGGCUUGCCAUGGAAGACUGGAUGGUAGGGCCUCGAGCGCCUGAUGUUCUUCGAGACUCAUCCUCACAAAUUUCACGACAUCACAGCUCACGAGGGUAAUUCUUUAUUAUAGGGUGCUGGGGCUUCUUUCUGGCUUCUUUCCUUUCUUCUUUUCUGCAUACUUUUGCUAUCUGCUUUUCUGUCCCAUUUACACUGCUUUAACCCAAC